AUGGGCGCCUAUCUCUAUGGGCGCCUACCUCUAAGGGCGCCUAUCUCUUUGGGCGCCUAUCUCUAUGGGCGCCUAUCUCUAGGGGCGCCUAUCUCUAGGGGUGCCUAUCUCUAUGGGCGCCUAUCUCUAUGGGCGCCUAUCUCUAGGGGCGCCUAUCUCUAUGGGCGUCUAUCUCUAGCAGCGCCCAUCCUCUAUAGGCGCCUAUCUCUAGGGGCGCCUAUCUCUAGGGGCGCCUAUCUCCAUGGGCGCCUAUCUCUAGGGGCGCCUAUCUCUAGGGGCGCAUAUCUCUAUGGGCGCCUAUCUCUAGGGGCGCCUAUCUCUAUGAGCGUCUAUCUCUAUGGGCGCCUAUCUCUAUGGGCGCCUAUCUCUUUGGGUGCCUAUCUCUAUGGGCGUCUAUCUCUAGGGGCGCCUAUCUCUAGGGGCGCCUAUCUCUAUGGGCGCCUAUCUCUAUGGGCGCCUAUCUCUAGGGGCGCCUAUCUCUAUAGGCGCCUAUCUUUAGCGGCGCCUAUCUUUAUAAGCGCCUAUCUCCUAAGGGCGCAUAUCUCUAGGGGCGCAUAUCUCUAUGGGCGCCUAUCUCUAGGGGCACAUAUCUCUAUAGGCGCCUAUCUCUAUGGGCGCCUCUCUUUAGGGGCGCCAAUUUCUAGAGGCGCCUAUCUCUAUGGGCGCCCAUCUCUAGGGGCGCCUACCUCUAGGGGCACCUAUCUCUAG